AAUAGCACAAAAUGUUAUAGUUUCACUGUACCUGGCCUCGUGCAUAAUCGUGCCAAUUCUCUCACGUGAAGAGUGCGGCUCGCCUUACCUUCAGCCGGGACGUCGGCAUGCGGACUUCAGUACAAAAGUGUUUGCUUCUCGUCGCCUUAGUAGCUUGCUCGCAAGGCGGGGCGCAGGCGGACUUCUUUAGCUCGGUGGAGGCCGUGGGACCACGGCUCGUGUACACAGCCGUCCACGACAACUGCACAUCCGUAGCGGUAUUCAACCGGAGCGACGGGCAGCUGAUUUGGCGCACCACGGACACGUCGCACCGCUGGGCGGGCACGCCUGGCCAGCGCCGCCUCUACUCCACCGCGCUACACGGCCACAGCCUGCAGGCGGCAGCCCUCAGCAGCGGCAAGCCGCGCUGGGCCUUCCCCUCCAGGAACAGCUGGAUACCCGCCUGGAUCCACCGCCGUGACAGCCUAGGGCUGGUCAGCGGCACCGUGUUCGUGGGGCCGCAGGAGGUGGAGCCGGCGGGCGCUGCCGACGGCGGUGGCGGCGGCGAGGCAGACUAUGACCUGUCGGACGCCGACGUUGCCGGCGGCCCUGGCGUGGGUGACGGCGAUGCAGGCUCUGAAGGAAAGUCGCUGCAGGGACGCACCUCAGAGGCCGCUCUGCACACGUUAACGGCCUUGUCCUCACUCGCCGCCGCCCGCUCCGGGCGCCUGCUGCUGCGGGCGCGCGUGCAGCUCGAGUCGGGAUCUGGAGCAGAGUCGGCGCCUCCAGCGCCAGGAUCUGCCCCCGCUGCGGGCUCUCUGGUGCUUGUGUCCACUCAGAACCCGGGCAGUCGCCUGUACGCAGUUGCGGAGGACACGGGUCGCCUGGCGUGGCAGCUGUCACUGGACAACAACGGAGACCUGCCCGGAGCUAACAUCACCACCCUGCUCCUGCCGAGGGAGCUACCCACACUCGCCCUGCUCUCCGUCGCUGCCGUCGGCGACCCCUCCGGCGGCUCUGGCGCCACACCUGGCGCCGCCUCCGGCGCCGUACUCGCGGUGGACCUGGCGAACGGCAGCGUGCGCUGGGCCACCGGCGCGCUGCCAGGCGGCGCGCCGAGUGUGGCGCUGGUGACGGAGGGGGCGGUGGUCCUGCGCGGCAAGGCGGAUGCGGACCUGACCCAGACUCUGUACGGGCUGCGUGCGGCCACGGGAGCGCUUGUGUGGACCAAGGCCUGCAGCAACGGCUGCACCGUGCUGCCUGUUGACGACAAGAUGGCGGUCAUUGCCUCAUACGGCUUCAGUGUGUCCGAGCUGGAGGGCGUGGACCUGGCCUCGGGCAAGGUGCUGUGGCGGGGCGUGGACAGCACCACCGCCACCGGGCUGUCGUGCAGCGGCGCCACAGUGGCACACAAGCACCUGUUCUUCGGGUGCCCCUGCGAGGUGGAGGAGCAGGCAGCGGCGGCGGUGGAGGACGGGCAGGAAGGAGAGGCGGCGGGGGCCAUGCAGGGCGGGAGCGGGCGCUACAUGUCGCCGGCGCGCGCGGCUGCGGCGGCGGUGCUGGCUACGGGGGCUGAUGUAGCUGCCAGGCCUGCGAGUGCGAGCCCCAGCCGCGUGCGCAGCAGCAGCGGUGCAGGUGGCCGCACUAUCGCCCAACCCACCACUGCCGCCAUCUCCGCCUUUACCACCAGCACCAGCAGCGCCGCCACCGUCACCACCCGCCUGCCGCUGCGCAAGGCCGCCGCCAAGCCGCCGCUGUGCGCCUACGCGGUCUCUACCGACACCGGCGAGGCGGCCUGGAGUUCCCGGCUCGGCGUCCGCGACAACAGCAGCUUCCCGGUGGCUUCCGGCGCCGUGGGGCUGCUGCCGCUGGUGGUGGGGGACGCAGUGGUGAUUGCCACGGCGGGCUGGGUGCACGCGCUGGACCGGGCGGGCGGAAGGGCCCUGUGGAGCUAUGAGCUGCCGGCCGGACAGCAGCUGCAGUCAUGGGACACGCUGGACGAGUGGGGCGGUGUGGUGGCAGUGCGCACCUCGGGUGUGCCGCCGGAGGACUCAAGGCUGCUAGGCCUGAGCCUGCUGAGCGGCGAGCUACUUCUCAGCACGCCGCUGCCACCCGCCUACGCGCCCGGCGGCUCACCGUCGCGCCCCUACGACCUGCGGGAGGGCGUAAUAUAUGUGGACGCCUGCAGCGGGUCCCACUGCUGCGUGGUGGGCGUGGACCUGCGCCAGGCGCCACCGCCGGCCGCCGCCGCGGUUGCUGCUGCUGCCGGUGGUCGUGGUAGUAAUGGUGGUGCUGGAGCUGGUGGUAGCAGGGGUGGCAGCGGUGGCGCCAGCAGCGGUACCAGUGGGGGCGCGGGCUGGCUGACGGCGGCACUGCACCGCCGGCUGCAGACUGCGCUGCGGGGCGCUGAGGCUGAGGCGGCAGCGGCUGUGCCGACGACUGCAGCUGGUGGCGAAGUGGGAAAGGGCAAGGGGCCCGUGGAGCCGUCCGGCGGAGGCGCGAGCGGGGGCAGCGGCGGCGGCGACGGCGCAGCUUCCCGCAGCUUUCAGUACUGCUUUGAUGUGGAGCAGGCGUGCCGCGCCAGCCGCGCCCGCUCUGUGGGCAGUGAGAUCGUGUACGUGCUGCUGUUCGCGCAAAUGGCAGUGCUGCUGCUGGGCUUCGGCAGUGUGGUCAUCUGGCGCGCCUGCUACCGCCGCAGCUAUGCACCCUACACCCGUCUCAACGCGCUGCCCGUACUGGAGCAAUACGAGCACGACAUGGCCAGCGAGGAGGCGGACGAAAGCGACGAUGGAGGCGGCGGCGGCGAUGAGGAGGGCGAGGGACACCGUGGGCCCAACGGCUACCAUGGGCAUGGACGCGGGCACGGGCGGCGGCAGCUGGUGGUUGACCCUGAUACGGGCAUUGCGGUGCCGGUGGUGAUGGUGGAGCAGCGGACGCCGGGGGCGGCUGGAGCCGCAGGUGCAGCGGGAACGGGGGCGAAUGGCGGCUGUGCUGCGCACGCGGCAGCGGAGGAGGCGGCUGCAGCUGCGGCGGGCGGCGAGGCCCGGCGUGUGCGCUGAGGCGGCACGCCAGCAAUUUAAGAUGCUAACAUCGUUGAGUGUGACAGCUUAAAUUGGCAGCUUGAAGUGCGCAUGAGCUUUGGGUUCAGGCGUGUAGAGUCCAAGUGCGGGCGUGUCAGGGCGUAUGGUUGCGGGGCUCAUGCGUGGGACGUGUCAGGGUGGGGCACCUGUGGCGUGUUCCGUUGGGUUGACAAGGAUUCCUUGCAAUGUUCGCAGCUGCCAAAUGGCGGCUGUUACAAAAGGUAUCGCGCAGGCAUACGGAUGUGACUUUGACGAGCUUGCGUUGGGUGGGGGAUUGGGGGCGGGCAAGGAUGGGGCAUUGGGGCGGAGAGC